UCAGGCGGCGUUCGAGGCAGCCCCAACGGGGUCCUCCUGGGGCCUUCCUCUCUUUGAACAGCGGUGGCGGGCGGGCUCACUGUCGCUUGCACCCCUCAGAGUAGGGGCCGCCAUCACCAUGGCCACGGUUGCGAGUCAACCUUGCUCCGGCGGGUCGCGGGACAUCUUGUGGCGCGUUUUGGGCUGGAGGAUAGUUGCAAGUAUCAUCUGGUCAGUGCUGCUUCUACCCAUAUGUUCCACAGUAUUUAUAGUCUUCAGCAGCAUUGAUUUAUUUCAUCCUAUACAGUGGCUCUCUGAUUCUUUCAAUGAUCUAUAUAGUUCCCGUGUAAUCUUUUACCUCCUGCUGCUGUCAGUUGUAAUAAUAAUAAUAAGUAUUUUCAAUGUGGAGUUUUAUACAGUUGUGCCUUCCAUUCCCUGCUCCAGACUGGCACUGAUAGGGAAGAUCAUUCAUCCUCAGCAACUCGUGCACUCAUUAAUUCAUGCUGCGAUGGGAAUGAUGGUGGCUUGGUGUGCUGCAGUGAUGACCAAGGGCCGAUACAGUUUUCUUGUGGUUCCCUGCACUCGUACUGAGAGCUUAGAUGGCCCUGCUGCACAAACCUGCUUAAAUGAAUAUCACCUUUUUUUCCUACUGGCUGGAGCAUUUAUGGGCUAUAGCUAUAGCCUCCUUUAUUUUAUUAACAACAUGAACUAUCUUCCAUUUCCCAUCAUACAACAAUACAAGUUCUUGCGCUUUAGGAGAUCUUUGCUCUUACUAGUUAAACACAGUUGUAUGGAAUCAUUGUUCCUGAUUAGAAAUUUCUGCAUUGUGUAUUAUUUUCUUGGCCAUAUUCCCAAAGCUUGGAUUAGCACUGCUAUGGACCUUCAAAUAGAUGAGCAAUUUCAUAGGCCUCUUGACACUGUUAGUGGCCUCUUGAAUCUCUCAUUACUCUACCAUGUCUGGUUAUGUGGAGUCUUUCUCCUGACGACUUGGUACAUCUCAUGGAUACUCUUCAAAAUCUAUGCCACAGAGGCUUAUCUGUUCCCUGUUCAACCACCAUUUGCAGAAGAAUCAGAUGAAUGUCUCCCAAAAGUUUUAAAUAGCAGUCCGCCCCUCAUUAUAAAGUAUUUGGCCUUGCAGGAUCUGAUGUUGCUUUCUCAAUAUUCUCCUUCACGAAGACAAGAGGUUUUUAGUCUUAGCCAACCAGGCGGACAUCCCCACAAUUGGACAGCCAUUUCAAGGGAGUGUUUAAAUCUUUUAAAUGAUAUGACUCAGAAACUGGUUCUCUACCAAGAAGCUGCUGCUACGAAUGGAAGAGUAAUGUCUUCAUCAUACACAGUGGAACCUAAGAAAUCAAAUUCUCCAGAAGAAACUACCUUUCAGACCCCUAAAUCUAGCCAGAUGCCUCGACUUUCAGUGGCACCAUUAAUUAAGACAUCACUGUUUUCCUCGAAAUUAUCUACUCCUGAUGUUGCAAGUCCCCUUGGAUCUCCAUUUGGCCCUAGUGUAAUAAAUCGGAUGGCUGGAAUUUUUGAUGUUAACACCUGCUAUGGGUCACCUCAAAGUUCUCAGCUAAUAAGAAGAGGGCCGAGAUUAUGGACUUCUGCUUCUGAUCAGCAAAUGAAUGAACUUUCUAAUCUUCCAUCUACUAUUAGUGCUGAGGGUAAGACAGUGAGACAGCCCAGUGUGAUUUAUUCAUGGAUUCAUAAUAAACAUGAACAGAUUAAGAAUUUCUUGUCAAAACGGGUGCUGAUAAUGUAUUUUUUCAGUAAGCACCCAGAGGCCUCCAUUCAGGCUGUUUUUUCAGAUGCCCAAAUGCAUAUUUGGGCUUUGGAAGGUCUGUCUCACUUAGUAGCAGCAUCAUUUACAGAAGAUAGAUUUGGAGUUGUCCAGACUACUCUACCAGCAAUUCUUAAUACUUUGUUGAUGCUGCAGGAGGCAGUUGACAAGUACUUCAAGCUUCCUCAUGCUUCCAGUAAACCACCUCGGAUUUCAGGAACCCUUGUGGACACUUCUUAUAAAACAUUAAGAUUUGCAUUUAGAGCAUCACUAAAAACUGCCAUCUAUCGAAUAACUACUACAUUUGGUGAACAUCUAAAUGCUGUGCAAGCAUCUGCAGAACAUCAGAAAAGACUUCAACAGUUCUUGGAGUUCAAAGAAUAGUUAAGUAAUAUAAACUGUGUUCAUUACACUGCUGAUACAACUACAGAUGGGACAGUAAAUGUUCAGCAUUCUUGGAUCAGAAGAAAAUGGACUAAUUAGAUGCUUCCUUUGUCGUGGUGGUUGCUUUGAAAACUAUACUUUAAUGGGAGAAAUCAUGGAAAGAAAUUCUCAACAGAAUAACCGAAAACGGCCUUUUCUGUACCAGUUCCUUGUUGUGUGUGUGGUAUAAUAAAAUCUUUAUUCAAUUUCACAGAUGCAUCUAUGGCAGUACAAAUGUCUCUAGCUUAUAUAGCUUACUAAUAAUAAUUAGAAAAAUUUUAGAAUUUACUUUUGAAAGGAAUAGAGCCAGUUCAGAAGGUAAAAAUGGGUUGACUUGCUCCAGUCUGCCUUCCUAAGAAUUUAGCUCUCUGUAAAACCGAAAUACAUAAACUUUUUAAGCGUUGUUUCUGUUUACUAAAGGGUAAAAAUGGUAACAUUGGAGAAAAGUUCACAGAAAAAAUAUUGUCUACAGGACAUAUUUUGUUAAUAUGUUAGGUUGUGUUUUUGUUUCCAGAGACAAAUUAAAUUUGCAUGAUUGUCUAAAAAAAAGUCUCAAUUUACAGAUGCUAACUCUAUAUAAAGGAAUGUGGAAAAAUUCAGUUCUUAAGUUACAAGAUUAAACAUCCACAUUUGGUUUUUGAAAGACAAUCGACUGACAUCUAUGAAUUUAUUUUGUAUCUUGCUAGUAAACAAUAAGUGUAUGACUCUUAUCCCAACUAGUUUUACUUUCUUUUUCUGGAACAAAACAUCAAGUGACUGUAGAGUUUUUCAAGUGAGAGAAAAAGUUUUGCAAGGACAACUAGGAAACUUUCCCUUUUUCCCACCCUUCAUUUUCAUUAGAUGAAAUUAUUUUGUGAAGUUUUUUUGGCCUCACAGAGGGAGCAGUCUUAGCUGUGUUAACUGGCUAAUUAAAAUAUAUUAGGAAAAUCUUUGCAGCCAGAAACAACUUAGUACUCAACUAGCAAGUGAAACCAAGACAUCAGAGGAAUUACUUGCUAGCCUGUUGUAUGUUCCCAAAGUGAGGGGGGUAAUUUUUUAAUUUAUUUGCUUAAAUUCUUUGUAAAUGAAAGAUCGGAAAUUCUACUAGUAGAGAUUCACUGGACUAACUUUGAACUGAAAUGUUUCCUUGUAAUUUUUUCCUAUUAUCUUUCCCCUCUGGUGUCCCAAAGUUUUUCUUCAGUCAGCACGUUAUUGUAUAUGAAUCUUUAAUGUGGUAUAUAUGUCUACAAUUUGUCUGAUUACUUGAUGUAUUAUAUCUUUAUUCCCUUUGUUGCCCCUUCAGCCAGCUCAUGCCAAAUUAUAAAUGAAUCUUGCUAAUCUUUAAAGUGUCUUUAUGAGACAGCUCCCCAGUUGUCGAGUGUUUGGAGGAUUUAGGCUAUUGCCACUGCUUUUUUAAUGCCCUGAGGUGGAGUUGAUCUUUUUUUUUUUUAAAAUGUGAAAGUUGAAUUUUGAAUGUGGUCGUAAGUUACAGAUGGCCAGAAAAUUGUGACUAGGUUGACUGAGAACUGUUGAGUUUUAUGUUUUAAAGCCAUGGAACUUUUUAUAUUCCAUUCUCUGUGCUCCCCUCGGCUGAGGUGUUUUGGGAGAAGAGGACUCUUAACCUCCUGCUGCCACAAAGAAUUACGGUAUUUAACCCAUUUUCUUCCUGAGACUGAUGAUGGGAUGAUUCCUGUAAACUCUUAGAUAAAAUAUCUGGCUAAGACUUUGGGCAAAGGUAUGUUUGAUGAGCAAUGUGAAAAUUUUUGAGGUGUUCAUUCCUGUUUUCUCUCCAGAGAAUGUGCUUUGUACAAAAUACGAGUCAUAUAAAGUCUGCUUGGUGGGAUUUGGAAACCGUCUCCCCAAAUUUGGAUUGUAUUUAGCUGAGAGUGAAGGCAGUUCCUUUUCCCCAUUGUGUGUUGAUAACCUCCACACCAUCUGUUGGGGCAGGGUGUGGCCCAAUCACCUGCUAUUAAAAAGAGCUCCUUCUGCUGGGUACAAGGAGGAGGAUCUUAGGAAUGCCAAGAGGAGAGAAGCAUUUCCUUCGAUGAAGUCAUAACUUGCCUGUGAGCCCCACUGGUACUGUAACAUUGGCCUGAAAAUUGGUGUUCUUUUAAAGCUUUUCUCUGUCAGUAUAAAAUAUCAUUCUGUCUGCUCUUCUAAUGUUUGCUUGACCCUUAUGGAACGUAUAAAUCCAUAUAACUUCUUUCCAGGAGAACCUUGAAACUGUCCUAGGAUAAACAUGGUAUAUAGUUCAGUGAACAUGGAUAAACUACAGUUUGUUACUUUGCUGGAUUUGUUCCUUGGUAAUUGUUCUGUAUGUCUUCCUAUAAAUGUGGUAAUCUGUUUAUAUCUUUUUGUAUA